AUGACCUCCACCGAAGCAAAAGGGGCAAACGGUGUAGCCGACGACUUCCCAGUCCUGCAUCGCGACACCGCCGACAAGGAGACCUUCAAUGCCGCAGUCUGGGACCCCGUCUUCAACCACCGGCGAGCAACGGAACGUGUGCCCCGCGCCGUAGUCAAAGCCCGCACAGCCGCACAUGUCCGGCAGGCCGUGGAGCUCGCCGCAAAGGAGAAUUGCCGUGUCAGCGUUCGCAGCGGUGGCCACAGCUGGGCUGGAUGGAGUGUGCGUGAUGAUGCGGUGCUGAUUGACCUCGGAACCUUGCCGAGCGGAAAGAGGUACGACGGAUCGGUGGACGAUGGCAUCAGCUAUGAUCCCACCACGCAUGUUGUCAGCUGUCCGCCUAGCACAACCGGUCAGAUCCUCAAUGGAGUACUCAAAAAGAAGGGCAGGAUGUUCGCAGGCGGGCACUGUCCGGAUGUAGGGCUCGGCGGAUUCUUGCUACAGGGAGGCAUGGGCUGGAACUGCAAAAACUGGGGCUGGGCUUGCGAAUACAUCGUCGGGGCCGAUGUCGUGACCGCAGAUGCAAGGGAGCUUCACUGCAGUGCGGAGGAGAACGCUGAUUUGUUCUGGGCGGUGCGAGGAUCAGGUCCAGGAUUCCCGGCCGUUAUCACUAGGUUCCACCUGAAGACUGUGCCACUAUUCGAGCUGUACCAGAGUCUUUACAUCUAUCCAAUCUCGGAAUACCGAACAGUGCAAAAGUGGGUAGUAGAUCUAUGCCCAACAGCAGACCCAGACACAGAGAUCGUCACCGUCGGGCAAUACCUCUCCGGCACAGACGACCACGUCAUUCUCGCCAACUUCCUAAGCUUCAAGCCCAGCCGCGCCGAAGCCGAGGCGGCUCUCCAGCCGCUGCACGACAGCCGGCCACCGGGCGCCAAGAUCGAAGUCUUCAGCCAGACGACCUCGCUGGAGCUGCAGUACUGCGACCAGAAGGCCGCCAACCCAGAGAACCACCGCUUCUGCUCGGAGAACGCCUACGUUGGCAACGACGAGGAUGUGGUGGGCAUCCUGGAGCGCGCCUACACGACGCUGCCCACGCGCCAGUCCUUCGCCAUCUACUACGCCAUGAACCCGACCUCGCGGCGGCCCCUGCCCGACAUGGCGCUGUCGAUGCACUCGGACCACUACUUUGCGCUGUACACGUGCUGGAAGGACGGCGCCCAGGACAGCGACAAUGUCGCGUGGGUGCUGGACGUCAUGAAGACGGUCGAGCGCCACGCCGUCGGCAGCUACCUCGGCGACGCGGACUUCCAGCACCGCAGGACCAAGUUCUGGACGGACGAGGCGAGCGAGAAGCUCAGGGAGAUCAGGAGGAAGUGGGAUCCGACGGGCAGGAUAUGCGGCUACCUGGACGAUGGGGACAAAAGCGGCAUUCAGGGGCUGAAAAAUGUGUUUGAAUGGGCGACCACUGGUUCAACGUGA